AUGGGCAUCUCAGCCAUAUUUGCUGCUGCUGCUGCUGCUGCUGCUGCUGCUGCUACUUUUGCUGCUGCGUUUGUUGCUGCUGCUUUUGUCGCUGCUGCCGCUGCAUCUUCUGCUGCUGCUUUUGUUGUCGCGGCUGCUCCUCCUGCUGCUGCAUUUGCUGCUGCUGCUGCCGCCGCAUUUAUUGCUGUCGUUAUUGUUGUUGCUGCUGCUCUUGCUGCUGCUGCUGCUGCUGUUGCUGCUGCUGCUGCUGACAGAACUGACCGGCUGCGGCGUGAGACGGAAACGGAGGCGCGGCGGCUGCGGCAGCAGCUGAGAGACACCGAAGAGAAAUAUGCACAUGACUCGCACAUGCUGAGGUCACGUGCUGCAGCAGCGCAGCAAGAAGCCGGGACGCUGCGGGCUGAAGUGCAGCAGCUGUGCGAAGAAGUCGAGGGGCUGCAGCUCGAGAAGCAAAGACUCCACGAGGCCAUUGCCAGCGUCGAGAGCGACAGCAGGGCCAUCCACGGAAUCUUCAGAAGACACAUGCAGGUGCUGCAGCAGCAGCAGCAGCAGCAGUAG